GCCAUGACAUCGCUGAAGACCCUCUGAAGUCAACCCUGUCGACAACACCAAAUAUAAUCGAGAGAAUAUGCCGAUAUGGCGGAACCUUCCCAGAAACAGGGCGACCCAAGUCUGCCAAAAUCCGAAGACCCAAGUGCCGACGAUGCGGUAGUCGACGAGGGGGACCAAAAUGCGGUGCAGGUGCAGAGUGGUAGCGACGACAAUGACAACAAUGACGCCGAGGAGGACGAGGACGAGGAAGACGACAAUGGUGACACUGAUGGGGAGGAAGAUGAAGAGGAACCCAAGCUGAAGUAUGCCCGGCUCACCAGCUCCCUGGCACCCGUCUAUCGAAAUGGCGAUGCGACCAGUGCCUUUUUAGUUGCUGGCGACAAGAUGGUGGGUCACUCACCCACUUACUCACUCACUACACCUCUAUCAGUUCACACUAACUGAUCCAUAGUUUAUUGGGACACAUAAUGGCAAUAUUGUAAGUCUGUUCCUGUAUAAAAAAUGCCAAAAAGGGGACUCGCUAACAAACUGGCAGCAUGUGUUAUUAUUACCGACAUUCCAGUCACUUCGAGUAUACCACGCCCAUUCUGCUUCCAUUUCCAGCAUUUCCAUAUCCCCCUUUCCCCCACCGCUACCCACCGCCGUACCAGAGGGUGUCAGUCGAGUUGCCUCUCAAAACAAGGGAGCAAGGAGAACACCAUCCAUUACCUCGGAGGCAUCGACAUCGAACCCACGAGGGCCCCGAACACAAGUGGUACCUAAUAUUCCCUCGAAUGCUAUCUACAUAGCCACCUCCUCCAUAGAUGGGAAAGUAUGUGUUGCUUCUUUGGUAGAAGUCAAGGAUGUUCAGUUGCGAGACUUUGCCCGCCCAGUCCAAGCCGUAGCCAUCUCACCGGACUACAAAAAUGAUCGCUCCUAUAUUUCUGGAGGGCUUGCUGGGAACUUGGUCCUCACCGUAGGAGGGCGGGCCGGUACGAGUUCCAUGUCUACCACUACUGGAUCUGCUUCUGCUGCUGCAUCUGGGUGGCUGGGCUCCAUAGGAUUGGGAUCAAGCGCCGGGAAAGAUACCGUAUUGCACUCCGGUGAAGGAACGAUUGCCACUAUCAAGUACUCUCUUUCUGGAAAAUACGUUGUUUGGGUCAACGAACAUGGAGUCAAAAUAAUGCGAACCAAUCUACAUUUAGAAAGUGCAGAUGCUGAAUCUGCGUGGAAGCGAAUAGGUCAUGUCGAUCGACCACAAGAUGAUGGAUGGGAAGAAAUGGCUGGCGUUUGGAAGGGAAGGGUAGAGUGGAUUGACGAAACGAACCUCGAAACUGACGCAGAUGAUAAGACACGAGAGGCCUCGGCAACAUCUGCAGCAACAGCCAAGUUGAAACAGCAAUCGUCGAAGAGCAAGAAAAAGAUUGAAAAGCUCCUCGUUGGAUGGGGCGGUACCAUGUGGAUCAUCAACGUGCACCCAGGUGGUAUUGGGAGUGGUAAAAACGUAGGAGAGCGAACUGCAGGGAGUGCUGAAAUCAUCAAGAUGUAAAUUUUAACCAAAUUCUUGCCGUCAACAAGCUAACAUCUUUAGUUUGCGGAUGGAUUGCAUUAUUUCUGGACUUUCAUUAUAUACCCCAACAUUGCUUCUUGUACUUGCAUAUAUUACACCAGACGAGGAAGAGGACGAAGAGCUGUCGACUCAUAAGAAAGGCCACAAAUCGAAGGCUUCAGCCACAUCAACGAGUAGUGAGCCGAGAGGUGGAAUCCGCCAUCGUCAAAAUGCGUUAUCUCCUGAACUCCGACUGAUUGAUCUUGGAUCAUCUCAGGAAGUUGACACUGACACAUUGACUGUUAGUCGAUUUGAAAGGCUGUCUGCUACUGAUUAUCACCUCGGCCUUUUACCAGCUCCUAAAAUACCAAAAGCGCUCCAAGCGUCACGGGGCACCUUGGAAACUCUGACGGGUAUGGGAAGUGGUAUGUGGAAUGCCACUGUAAAUGCCACAUCACUACUCAGUUCAGCAGCAAGCACGCGAAGCAGUAGCAGCAAAGGCUCUGAUGGAAAGGUAAGCGUAAGCAGCAGCGCUAGAACUGCAGUGGCGAAGUCAAACAACGUUCAUCCACACAUUGCAUCGUUAGGCAUGAAAAUAUUCAUUCAUAGUCCUUAUGAUUGUAUCCUGGCGACCAAACGCGAACUUUCUGAUCAUUUGUCUUGGCUGCUAGAACGUCAGAAGAACCAAGAAGCAUGGGAACUCAUUGACAAACAUCCGGAAGUCAUUUCGUCAUCACCAGAGAAAAUUGCGGAAAUUGGCCCUAAUUCGCCAGAUCUGAGGCAGGAAAGCGCCGAUGAUUUUUUUGAUGAUCGCGCUUCAACUAUUGAUUCUUCAAAUAAAAUUAUUGCCACUGCGAUCGAAAAGGAGAAGCGCCAUAUUGGCGAGCUCUGGAUUAAGCAACUCGUCGAUGCUGAUGACUGGGUGACGGCUGGUCAAGUGUGCGGUAAGGUUUUGGGCACUGCGAAGCAAUGGGAUGAAUGGGUCUUCAUAUUCGCUGGUGCCCACAAAUUUGAUGAAAUUGCUAGUUUCAUCCCCACAACUCAGUUACAUCCUCCACUUCCUUCUCAAACCUACGAAGUCGUACUUGGUCAUUACGCAGGUUCAAACCGACCCAAAGUUCGAGACUUGCUGGAUUCAUGGUCGCCUGAACUAUUUGACAUUAGUAGCGUUAUCACUGUCCUCGAAAACCAGCUCAAAUACAGAGAUGUCAGGGAAGACAGUAUCGAAGACGGACAAGUCGGGAGAGAUUGGAGAAUUGUUAUGGAAUGUCUUGGCAAGCUCCACGUAGCGAAUGGCCGGCCCAGAGAAGCCUUGAAAUGCUAUAUUCAGCUACAAGACGCAGAUACUGCGAUGGCUUUGAUAAAGGAUCAUCAUUUAGUAGAUGCUGUCGCCGAUGAUAUACCAGGCUUAAUUCUCCUGCGUGUCUCAAAGGAACAAAAGAGAUCUGCUUCGAUCGGAGAGCUUCGGGAGCUCACGGCAGAAGCAAUCGAGCUUUUGGUAAAUGAAGCACGACAAGGCAUCGUGCGCCCAGAAGUAGUUGUGGCACAACUCGAGGAAAAGAGGAUGCUUUUAUACUUAUUCUUUUACAUCAGUUCAUUGUGGAAUGGUGACGGUAUUGAUGAGGAGCAACGGGAAAUUCGAGAUAGGCUGAUAGCAGACAGCAAGGCUCUAGUUAAUGAGCUUGCAGAUCUAACAGUCCAUUUGUUUGCUCUCUAUGAUCGAGACCUGCUCAUGGAUCUCCUCAAAACCUCUACCUCCUACACCUUUGAAAUUGUAAGUUAUCUCCUCAAUGAUACGAAAUUCGCACGUACAAACGAUUCUGACUUCUUACACAGGCAACGAAAGAGUGCGAGGACGGGGACUACAUUUCCGAACUAGUCUAUCUUUAUUCCAAAACCGGCAAAACCAAAGAAGCACUCUAUCUCAUCAUCGACAAACUCGCCAAUGUCUCUCAAGCCAUCUCCUUCGCCAAAGAACAAAACGACGCUGAUCUCUGGGAAGAUCUUCUCAACUACUCCAUGGAUAAACCGCGAUUCAUCCGUGGUCUUCUAGAGGAAGUAGGUACAGCCAUCGAUCCGGUUCGACUCGUAAGAAGAAUUCCCGAGGGACUGGAGAUUGAAGGACUUCGUGAGGGUCUGGGGAGAAUGAUCAAAGAACAUGAUAUUCAAUAUAGUAUUUCCUCGGGCGUCGCCAAAGUUCUUCGAGGCGAAGUAGCAGCGGCGCAGAAUUCUUUGCGUGCGGGGCAGAGGAAGGGGGUCAAAUUCGAUGUGGUUCAUAAAUCCGAUGAGCAUGUUGAUAUUGCUACCUCUGACGCUCCACCUACCGACACACCACUACUCAAGGUUCCUGCACCUCCAACUUCUGGUUCAAGGGAAAAGAAUAAGCCGAAACCGGGUCAUUGCGUGGGUUGUCGUGAUCCAUUCUCGGAACAUGAGGUUGAAACUCUGGUGGGGUUCGCGUGCGGGCAUGUUUUUCAUCUCAGUCAUUUGCUUAACUUUGGCAAAGGAGAUGAAGAUGAGAGACCGCUUACGCCACCGGGUGUGGAUGAGCGUGGAGGGGAUACUUGGGAUGGGCCGUUGCAUAGUGUUGGGGGAAAGGUUACGCAUGCGGCGCUAUUAAGGGAUAGAAUCAGGGAUGGGUGUCCGGUUUGUGUGACUGUUGAGGUGGGGUAG